UUUCCGGAAUUUUUCCGCCAUUUUGAUCGAGCGCAGUAUCUCUACACUCACGCGAUCAACUACUUUCCUGUUUUAGAUCGUCUAGAUCUACAUUUCUUUUUUUUUAGGUACUUUGAUAAACUGACCUAGAGUAAAGUGCGAAGUUCGAGCAGUGCCGAUUUGACAAGAGUAGUGAUUUGUGAUGGCAACAAUGACAACAGACUUAAAACCAGAAUGGAUGACUGCUCUAAAAGCCCUUGAGGAUCAGAAUAAACCAAAAGAAUUUCCAGACCGCCCAGAAUGGACCAAUGCCAUGAAGGCAUUGCAAAAUAUAAAAUCAACCAACAAAGGAUCAAAGAAUAAUGAUGACAGUGAUGGGACAGAUCAGGACAGUAAAGACUUAAAAAGCACAAGUUCAUCAGAAAACUCUACUAAUUUUCAAAAUGGACUAGAUAUGGGUGGUCCACCUAUACCACCUCAUAUGAAUCAAGGACCUCUUCAGAAUCCAUAUGCUUUUGGUUAUCCUCCACCAGGCAUGGGAUACGGGCCUCCAAAUGGGUAUUUACCCUAUGGCUAUAGCAAUUAUGGUUAUGGUGGACCAGGAUUUAUGGGUGGACCUUAUGGAGCACCACCGCCAUGGGCAAACAACUUUGGACCAGGUAAUUACAGUAAUAAUCAAGGUCCCCGUGGACAUCUACCACCAAUUGGUCCUAGGCCAGGUUCUUUUGGGAGCCCAGCAAUAGGUUCUUCAGAGCAUCCCAAUUUUAGAGGACCACCUCCUCAAAGAUAUUCCUUUAAUGAUGAGAACAGAGAAGAGGAUAACAGAGGAUUGGAUAACCAACAUGAAAAUACCUCAACAGAUUUUAUGAACCUCACUCCUAGAGGAAAUAUGAGAAAAGCUCCAGGGGUUUCUGGAAUUCGGUUUCAACUUCCGAAACGCAAAAAUGCUAAUGGCAAUAUUGUGGAUAACCCAUUACACACUCCAAACAAUAAAUUCUCCCCUGGAGACACAUCUCACCUAUCAUUCACAAAAUCUAAUUCUGAAAGUGGUAUGAAAAUCAGCUCAGACAAAUUAUCUGAGGAUUCAAAAAGUGGUAACCCAAAAGACCCAGAAGCUGCAGGAGAAUGGCCUCAGCCAUUAAAAGAUUAUGUGCAAAGAGCAUUUGCUUCUGUUGUUAAUGAAAGCCAAAAAGAUCAGGUCGAGAGAAUUCUCAAAGAAAAAUUAACAAAAAUUUUUAACUCACCUGGUGGUGCUAAUGCUGUUAACUGGGAAUCUGAACCAUUACCAGUUUUUGAUCUGAACCAGGGUGAAAUAGGCCAGUCAAAGUUUGCUAGAGGUGGAAGAGGGAUGCAUUUUCAACAUGGGAGAGGCUCCUUAGGUCAAAGAACAAUGGGUAUCCCACAAAGACCAUUAUAUUCCAGAGAUCGUGUGCCAACUUAUAGAGACUCAAGAAGCCGUUCUUUUUCUAGCUCAUCUAGGUCUUGGUCAAGGUCUAAAUCUCGCUCACGGUCACGCUCUAGUUCCCCAGGGAGAAGAAGAAAAAGAUUUCGACGUAGCAGUGACAGUCGAAGCCCAUCAUCAGAAUCUAAUAGAUCAUUUUCCCCAAGAGGAAAAUUUACAAAAAGUAGAGGUCGUGGAUCAAAAACACCAAGAGGCAGGGGUAGUAAAAUUACAGCGAAAGGCGAAGGUGAAACUCUGACACUAUCGACAAAUAAAAAGAACAAAAAAGUGAACCAUUUUAAAGGAUCCUUAAAAUUUACUCUUGAUGACAAUGAUCCAAUGAAAAAAGAAAGAAUGGAAAUCAGAGCUGCUAGAUUUGCUGGUCAACUCAGCAAGCCAAGACAGAAAAUAUCUAUAACUGUGAAUGAUUCCAUGAAUUCAAGUAUGAAAGAUGAAGAUAUUGAUUUGGAAGAAUUCACUGUAGUGGGAACUUGUCAAGACAUAGAGAAGCCCUACCUUCGACUUACAGGGGCUCCUGAUCCAAAACAAAUUCGUCCUUUGGUAGUGUUGAAAAAAGCCCUGAUAAAUGUUCAAGAGAAAUGGCAGAAAAAAACAGACUACAGAUAUGCUUGUGAGCAGUUAAAGUCUAUCCGGCAGGAUCUCACAGUGCAAGGUAUACGAGAUGGAUUUACUGUUCGUGUUUAUGAAACGCAUGCUAGAAUAGCCAUGGAAAAGGGUGACCAUGAAGAGUUUAACCAGUGUCAGACUCAGUUGAAGCUUUUGUAUCAUGAAGGAUUAAAAGGAAAUCAACUAGAGUUCAAGGCAUACCGAAUUCUUUAUUACAUAUAUACAUCAAAUACUUUAGAUUUAACAACUGCAUUGGCUUCAUUGACCCCUGAGUGUAGAAAAGAUGAAUGCAUAAAGCAUGCUUUGGAUGUUCGAAUAGCAUGGUCCCUUAAUAAUUAUCACAGGUUUUUUAAAUUAUAUGAACAGGCUCCCAAAAUGUCAGGGUAUCUGAUGGAUUGGUUUAUUGACAGGGUCCGUAAGAGUGCUCUCAAGCUGUUGCUCAAAGCGUAUCGACCAUCUCUACCAGUUGAGUUUUUCAAGAAAGAGUUGGCAUUUACAGACAAGAGUAAAUGUUUGGAAUUUCUUCAAGAAAAGGGGGUGACAUUCACAGACAACAACACCAAUAUUGACUGUAAAGCUAACAUGGCGGUUGUUCAGACUUUAUAGCAAAUGUUUCUUUUUUUUUAAAUUUUAAAUUUGUUUGUUUUCCAAUCUGUGAUAGUGCAUCAAAGACAAUUAUGUGAGUCAUUCUCACUGGGACAAUCCUUUAUGUCACCCUCAUAAGGAAUUCAUACUCUUCAUUGGUUUGUGGCUUCAGAUAUUAAAAAGACAUUUAAUUAAAGACCCUGAUUUCUUAGCAUGUUCAUGUUGUGUUAAGACCACCCAUCUAACCCAUUCAGUCUGGCCUCUACCCAUUUUCCUUUCCCCUUCAGGUCUCAACAUGCCAUGCUAGCACAGAAAUCAUUUGCAUCUACUAUUCAAUUUAUGAAUAGGGAAAACAUAGAAAUUAAAGAUUUUGUCACUUACUGCUCCUAGCCAUCUUACUUGGUCAUGUUUUCACGGCAAAGUCCUGGAGAAAUUUCAUUGUAUAUCCUUAAAUAAUAAAUUAUAUACAGUAUUUAGUCAAGCUUAUGAUGUCAAUCAGAAAAUGAACAGCAAAUACAGAUAUUUAAUUAUUGUACAGUUUACAGAAAGGAAACCAGAUGCAGCCGAAUAGGAUCAAUAAAAAUACAACAGUACCAGUUAGUUUUGACAGAAGAAAAUAUCUGACAAGAAAUUUAGUGCAUAAACAUAUCAGUGGCAAGUUAAAUAGUCAGGUAUUGACUGUGAUGUGACUGCAUUAGACUGACUUCCUUGGCAUUGCAAGCACCAAGAUUGAAGAUGUUAAAAGCCUAGUUAUCAGAAUUUUGUGGAAACAAGAAAUAACUACAUGGUUGUCCUAGUAUGUAAUCAAGAGAUGAGAAUUUUCAAAGAGCAGAUUAAUAUGCUGUCAGUCUUUUAGAUGAUAGGUGAUUAGCUGACUGCACAAAGCUAAAGAUGUAUAUUUUCACUGCAACUUCAAGUUUACAAGCCAGCAUCUGAUGAAUAGAUUCACCAUUAUCUUAGCAACAAGCAACUGAUAGAUGACUUCAUAUUUAUGUUAGAGACGAGCAACAGAUGAACAGACUUUACCAUUAUCUUAGAAAGAAGCAACUGAUAGAUGACUUCACCAUUAUCUUAGAAAGAAGAAACUGAUAAAUGACAUUUAUGUUAGAGACGAGCAACAGAUGAACAGACUUCACCAUUAUCUUAGAAAGAAGCAACUGAUAGAUGACUUCACCAUUAUCUUAGAAAGAAGCAACUGAUAGAUGACUUCACCAUUAUCUUGGAAAGAAGCAACUUAUAGAUGACUUCACCAUUAUCUUAGAAAGAAGCAACCAAUACAUGACUUCACCAUUAUCUUAGAAAGAAGCAACCAAUACAUGACUUCACCAUUAUCUUAGAACGAAACAACCAAUAGAUGACUUCACCAUUAUCUUAGAAAGAAGCAAGUGAUAGAUGACUUCACCAUUAUCUUAGAAAGAAGCAAGUGAUAGAUGACUUCACCAUUAUCUUAGAAAGAAGCAAGUGAUAGAUGACUUCACCAUUAUCUUAGAAAGAAGCAACAGAUGAACAGAUAACUUUAUCAUUACAAGAAACAAGCAAUGUCUCACCAAUAUGUAACAGCUGCCAGGAUGAAUUUAAUAAGCCAACACGUUAGAGCUAGAAACAUGUAACAGCUGACAGCAAGUUGAAAAGCAACUAAUGAUUAGCUAACUGCACCAUUAAUUCAAAAAGACACAAUUGCACUCCAUCACCAUUGCCUUGAAGAAAAAACAGUACAGGAAAAGCUUAGAUGCAUGGACUCUAACAAGAGAUGAAUAGAUGACUGCAGACACAAGCAAGAGAUCAAUAGUUGAAUUCAGACACAAGCAAGAGAUCAAUAGUUGACUCAGGCCAGAGAUGAAUAGCUGAUUGCUGACUCUGGCAAAAGAUGAAUAAUUGACUGCAGACACAAGCAAGAGAUGAGUAGGAAAUAUUGCUCAGAGAAACACAAGAAAUCAUUAUUUUCAUUAAGGUAGAGCAGUGAGUGGCAAACUUUUUUUUUCUGUUUUUUUUUCAAUUGGGGAAAAUUACUUGUGGGUAGGGGGAUUUUAGGAUAAAGUGCAGGCACUACCAACAUAAAGAACAUUGUGUGUGUCCAAGCAAGUGAUGACUUCAAGAUCUGCUGGAGGCUCUCUGCUGAUGAUGUAUUAUAUACUCAUGCUAAUGCUUUAGCUUUGUUUCAGGUUGACAUGAUCCUCAUAUUGUUUAUAAUGAUUCAUGUAAAUAGAUUUUCUUAGAAACUUACUUUUGAAAAGUGUGUGUGUGUGUAUGCUACAAACAUCUGCAUUGUGAAUCAAGUUUAAAUGUUGGUUUCAAUGAGUUCACUUCUUAAAUGGAGACCAAAAGUUUUAUCACUACCAUUAUAUAAUUCAUUUCUCAUGAAACUUGUAUUGGUCUUUAAACACUCUAUAAACAAUGCUUUAUAGCACCUGGAAAUGUUGUAAGUACAGCUCUCUAACUUUAAACUUCAUUCAUACAUAUUGAUAUUUGUAGCAUUUGUUGUUGAACAUUAGAAGAGCUCUGUAGUCUUACUUGUUCUAGACAUUGACUUUGUCUUCUUGCUUAGACUUUGAAAGACUUAUUGUGUUCAUUUAUUUUUUUUUUUUUAUCAUUAAUUUCACAACUCUAUUCAAGGUAAGCACCAAUGUUUAAUGUUAGGUUUGAAGAUAAAACAACUUUGGUAAGUUCACAUGUGUAACUGGCAUCACUGAUUGGUGCAGGCUGACUUCAAGAGUUUUGAAAUGCAUUUUCUUAUUUCAUAAGUUUGUGGUCUCUUAUUAUUUCCCCUCUUUAUGAUGUUGUAUGUGUACACAAGGAAAUGUUGUAGUGAUCAUUCAAUGUUGUCAUUGUUUCAACUGAUCAUUCUAUUCACCUCCUAUGUAUUUUUUCAGACAAUGAUUUUUCAAGAAUAAAGUAAUCAAAACAAA